AUGGUACCCACCAACAUGGUACCCACCGACAUGGUACCCACCGACAUGGUACCCACCAACAUGGUACCCACCAACAUAGUACCCACCAACAUGGUACCCACCGACAUGGUACCCACCAACAUGGUACCAACCAACAUGGUAACCAACAUCAUGGUACCCACCAACAUGGUACCAACCAACAUGGUACCCACCAACAUGGUACCCAACAUCAUGGUACCCACCAACAUGGUACCCACCGACAUGGUACCCACCAACAUGGUACCCACCAACAUGGUACCCACCGACAUGGUACCCACCAACAUGGUACCCACAGACAUGGUACCCACCAACAUGGUACCCACCGACAUAGUACCCACCGACAUGGUACCCACCGACAUAGUACCCACCAACAUAGUACCCACCAACAUGGUACCAACCAACGUAGUACCCACCAACAUAGUACCCACCAACAUAGUACCCACCAACAUAGUACCCACCAACAUGGUACCAACCAACGUAGUACCCAACAUCAUGGUACCCACCGACAUGGUACCCACUGACAUGGUACCAACCAACAUGGUACCCAACAACAUGGUACCCAACAACAUGGUACCCACCGACAUGGUGCCAACCAACAUGGUACCCACCAACAUGGUACCCACCAACAUGGUACCCACCAUCGUAGUACCCACCAACAUGGUACCCACCAACAUAGUACCCACCGACAUGGUACCAACCAACAUGGUACCCACCGACAUGGUACCAACCAACAUGGUACCCACCAACAUGGUACCCACAAUCAUGGUACCCACCAACAUGGUACCCACCGACAUGGUACCCACCAACAUGGUACCUACCAACAUGGUACCCACCGACAUGGUACCCACCAACAUGGUACCCACCAACAUGGUACCCACCGACAUAGUACCCACCAACAUGGUACCCAACAUCAUGGUACCCACCAACAUGGUACACACCAACAUGGUACCCACCGACAUGGUACCCACCUUCAUGGUACCACCAUUCCAUAAAGUAUAUUUUGUCUUUGCUUUACCAAUACUUAUCUUCAAGGUGUUUGUUUUGUUAUAA